AAAUGCGUGGAAGCUGUGACUGAGUAUCCCAAGGGGAGGAAAGAUUCAUUCAGUUCUUCUCAAGAGCUGCUCUUCAGGGAGAAUUUCCAGGAAGAUCAAAGUCAAGAUGCUACGCAAGAGAGUAGAAAGCUGUCCUUGGUCUGUUUAGAAUCACCUCUUUGUGCUGGAGCUGAAGUAUUAGCUGAACCGCUACUUCAGGAUAUUGCUUCUUUUGAGGAAGUGGCUGUUUAUUUCUCCGAGGAGGAGUGGUCUCAACUGGAUGCUGACCAAAAAGAGCUCUACAGAGAAGUCAUGGUGGAGAAUUCCAGGAAUCUCUUUUCUCUGGGCUUUAAUGGGCAAGAGAAUAAGAAUUGCAAGGAGGAACACCAAGCUAUCCAUUCGAAAUGGGGGGAAAGGAAAUUCGUAGAUCAGAUGCAACCAAAGAGUGAUGAAACAAAGCAAUCACAAAGUGGAAUUAAAAAAAGUAUUCCUCAUGUCAGUUGGCUUCCUAACCAUACAAUGAUUGAUACGGGAGAAAGACCAUAUAAAUACCUGGAGUUUGGAAAGAGGUUUAAUAAAUCUGAUCAUCUCAUUUCUCAUAAAAAAGCACAUUCAGAAAAUAAACGAUUUACCUGCAUGGAGUGUGGAAAGACCUUCUCUUACAGUUACCUUGUAAGACAUCAGAGGAUCCACACAGGAGAACGACCGUAUAAAUGUAUGGAGUGUGGAAAGACAUUUACUUAUAGUAGUCAUCUUAAUAACCACAGGAGAAUCCACACAGGAGAACGACCAUAUAAAUGCUUGGAAUGUGGAAAGACCUUUACUCGUAGCAGUCAUCUAGGUUGCCACAAGAGGAUCCACACAGGAGAGAAGCCAUAUCAAUGCACGGAGUGUGAUGAGACCUUCUGUUAUUAUAAAACUUUUAUAAUCCAUCAAAGGAAUCAUAGAGGAGAAAGUCCUUAUAUAUGCAUGAAAUGUGGAAAAACCUUUACUUGUAGCAGUAGUCUUAAAUCACACAACUUGAUCCACACAGGAGAGAAGCCUUAUCAAUGCAUGGAGUGUGGAAAGAGUUUUAGGAAGAGUGGUAAUCUUAAUACCCACAAGAGGAUCCACACAGGAGAGAAACCGUAUCAAUGCAUGGAGUGUGAUGAGACCUUCUGUUAUUAUAAGACACUUUUAACCCAUCAGAGGAAUCACAUAAGAGAAAGAACUUAAAAAUGCAUGUAGUGUUGAAAGACGUUUACUUGUAGCUGUCAUCUUUAACUCCCACAAGAGGUUCCACGCAGGACAGAAUCCAUAUUGAAGCAUGGAGCGUUGAAAUGGUUUUAGGAAGGAUAGUCAUCUUACCUCCCAUAAUAGGAUUCAUACAGGAGAGAACUCGUAUCAAUCCACGGUGUGUGGAAAGAUCUUUACUUGUACUAAUGGUCUUAAUUCCCACAAGAGGAGCUAGACGGAAG